GAGAGAGAGAGAGAGCGAGAGGGAGAGAUACAGUUUAUUCAAUCCCUAGACUGGAAAGCAAGCACUAGCUCUGAAACAGCGACAGGAAUUUCCUUCCUGGAAUCUUCCUGGUUGCUGUUGAAUAGAUUCUAUAGAUUAUACGCACAUCCUAUAGCCACAUACAUUAUUUUACCUUCUCGAUCAAAUCCUUCCCUGGCCUGGUGCUUUCUUCUUUUUGUUCUUUCUUUUCUUUCAUUCUUUCUUUCCUUCAUUCAGGAAAAAAAAAAGACAUUCCAAGACUCGGAAGCAGAAGAUGCAGAUUGAAUUUUAGGAAAAAAAAGGCGAAUUUUGAAUCUUUUAAACAUUGCAGAUUGGACAAGCACAAACUAAAGCAGAAGGAUGACGGACAGCAAGGACAGCCAACCCGUGGCUUUGGGAGCGUCGAGGGUGGAGCUGCGAGUUUCCUGCAAGAACCUGCUGGGCAGGGAGACACUGAGCAAGUCAAACCCAUGUGUGCUGAUCAAACUGCUGAACGGGGGGGUCUGGAGUGAGCUGGGCAGGACAGAAGUGAUGAGAAGCACCCUUUCCCCUCUCUUCUCGAAGGUCUUCUCUCUGGAUUAUUUCUUUGAGGAGAUGCAGGCUCUGCUGAUCGAGGUGUUUGAUGUGCAGGAGGGGGAAGGGGAGGAGGAGGGGGAGGGGUUUGAGGCACGCAGCGAUGACUUCCUGGGGUCAGCAGAGUGCACACUGGGACAGAUCGUGUCACAGACAAAAGUGACAAAACCUCUCCUGCUACGCAGUGGAAAAUGUGCUGGAAAAUCAACAGUGACGAUCAUUGCAGAAGAAGUUUCAGGAACCAACGAUUUUGUUGAGCUGUCUUUUUGCGCCCAAAAACUUGACAACAAGGAUCUGUUUAGCAAGUCAGACCCCUUUCUGGAAAUCUACAAACUCAACAGCGAUGGCACUGAGCAGCUAGUGCGACGCACAGAGGUUGUAAAGAACAAUCUGAACCCGCAGUGGGAGCCGUUCAGAGUGUCUCUCAACUCCCUCUGCAGCUGCGACUUUAAUAAGACCCUCAAGUUCCUUGUCUACGACUACGACUCGAGUGGAAAGCAUGACUUCAUAGGAGAAAUCUACACAACCUUCAAUGACAUGCACUCAGCUAACACAGGAGCAGAGGUGCGGUGGGAAUGUAUCAACCCCAAAUACAAAGCAAAGAAGCGCAACUACAAGAACUCAGGGAUCCUCAUCCUUACGCAGUGCAAUGUUGAGAAAAUCCACACAUUUUUAGAUUACAUUAUGGGAGGGUGUCAGAUUCAUUUCACAGUUGCGAUCGAUUUCACAGCGUCCAAUGGCGACCCUCAGAACAACCAGUCCCUGCACUACAUCGACCAAUCACAGCCCAACGAAUAUCUGAAGGCCCUAUCUGCUGUCGGGGAGAUCUGUCAAGACUACGACAGUGAUAAACGUUUCCCAGCGUUUGGCUUUGGUGCCAGAAUCCCUCCGAACUAUGAGGUCUCGCAUGAUUUUCCUAUUAAUUUCAACUCCAGCAAUCCUGAAUGCGAAGAGAUCAAAGGGGUUAUUGACGCCUACAAGCGCUGCCUCCCCAAGAUCCAGCUUUACGGCCCUACCAACGUGUCUCCAAUCAUCAACCGAGUCGCCAGCCUGGCUAGAGAAGAGCUCAAAAGCAACGCGGCCACGAAGUACUACAUGCUGCUGAUCCUGACUGACGGCACGAUUAGUGACAUGGCAGAUACGCGCGAUGCGGUGGUCAAUGCGUCCAGCCUGCCCAUGUCCAUCAUCAUCGUGGGCGUGGGCUACGCAGACUACACAGACAUGAGGCUGCUGGACGGGGACGAGGGAACGCUGCUGUCCACCAAGGGACAGCCGGCCCUCAGGGACAUCGUCCAGUUUGUGCCGUUCAGUGACUUCAAAAACGUCCCUGCCUCAGACCUUGCAAAGUGUGUCCUGGCAGAGGUUCCUAAGCAGGUGGUGGAAUACUACGCCAGUAAAGGAAUCGGACCAACGCAGCACAAAACCAGCUCUCCCAGUCCCCCAGCCAACGACUGACAAACCCAACCAGUAACCACAGACACACAGCACUCAGCUGACCAGGACUUUCAAACCUGUUCCCUUCCCUCUUAGUAUAGCAGCAUUCUCACUGCUGGCCAUCUUUAAAAUCCAUUUUCUUACCUUUUAGUAUAGCAGCAUUAUCACUCAAUGACAAACCGUUCAACUGGGAGUCUUUUUCAAUGUCGAAGACCCUCAUAAAGAUGAACCAUUUGUCAUUGAAUUGGUUGUUUCUUUCAGCAUUUCCACAUUCAGUGCUAUUGCGUGUUUGCUAGUUAUGGAUUGUUAUGGUUAUUUUGUCCACACACACACACAUACACACGCACAUACAUACAUACGUACAUGCACAAAUCUCUCUGUAUCUCUCAUCCUAUUCAAUCAGUGUAUUCACACAAUGGUUUACCGUGCAUGGUCCUCCUUUAUUAUCAGUGUGUAACCCUCAAAGUGUUUGAAAUAAAAUACUAACAAAAUAAAAGUAGGAAUGGAGCCCUUGUCCUUAACUCUUAAAGGGAUACCACACAUCACUUCUGUUCCGACCCUACGAAGGGUUCCAGUUCCACGUGGGUUUUUUAAGACAGUGAUUUCUAGAAUUAUUGCCCUCUAUUUCUUGCAUCUAUCUA